AUGGAGCUGCUGCGGGAGGCCUGCGUGCGGGACCCGCUGAGGCGCCUCCCGGGGGGCUUCUGGGAGGCCGUGGGCGUGUGGCUGGAGAGGCCCCAGGUGGCCAACAAGCGCCUCUGCGGCGCCCGCCUCGACGCCUCGAAGCCUGGCUUCGGGGACGAAGGGAAGCUGCUGGAGGGGGCGCCUUGGGAGGCUCUGCGCACCUCAGGCUGCGGGGAGGCCCUCGGUCUAGAUGGCGGUCUCCAGGAGGAGGAGGAGGAGGGCUUGGAGGUGGUGCUGCGGACCCUGGUGCCCAAGACCUGCCCUCCCGCGCCCGCCCAGGAGAUGGUCGUGAAAGAUAUCAUUAAAGGGAUAGUAACCUUUUUGCCAUUGGAGCAGACCCAUGAGGGCAAGUACAAGAUCAAGAAGUGCAAUGUUUAUCAAAUUCGACUUAUGCAUAAACAAGACAAUGAGUGGUCCAUAUCAAUUUUAUCAUCACCAGAAAACUAUAUUUCAGAUGGAAUUUUAUAUCCCAAAAUAACAUGGCUUAAAAGUGAACUUCUGUCAAAACUGGCGAAGUGGUCUACAGAGAUUAUAAAGAAUGAAUUUAAAAGUACACUCUCGCUCAUUUCUGUGGCAAAAUACAGCAAAAUUUACCAAGAUUUAAAGGAAAAAUACAAAGAGAUUGUAAAGGUUUGGCCUGAAGUCACAAAUCCAGAAAAGUUUGUAUAUGAAGAUGUUGCUAUAGCUGCAUACCUGCUGAUCGUUUGGGAAGAUGAGAGAGCUGAGAGAGGCCUUUCAAAGAAACAAUCUUUUGUUGAUCUUGGUUGUGGAAAUGGUCUGCUAGUUCACAUCUUGAGCAACGAAGGGCAUCCAGGCAAAGGUAUUGAUGUCAGAAGAAGAAGAAUAUGGGACAUGUAUGGCCCACAUACACAUUUGGAGGAAAAUGUAGUGAGUCCAAACAGUUUGUAUCCAGAUGUUGACUGGUUGAUUGGAAAUCAUUCUGAUGAACUGACACCAUGGAUACCUGUUAUUGCAGCCAGGUCUUCUUAUUCUUGUCGAUAUUUCCUAUUGCCUUGCUGUUUCUUUGAUUUCCAUGGAAAGUACAACCGAAGGCAAAGUAAGAAGACUCAGUACAGAGAAUACCUUGAUUUUGUAACAGAAGUGGGAGUCGUAUGUGGUUUUAACGUGGAAGAAGACUGCCUUAGAAUCCCGUCAACAAAAAGAGUCUGCCUAAUUGGGAUGUCUAGAACCUACCUUGCAGCACAAGAGAAUGUACUUGAGGAGCAGCGAGCACGAUAUAUCAACAGGCGCCAAUUGUGCGGCAUAACAACCCCAGAGAAUGGCAGCUUCUUAGCUGUAAGCGAUGCCACUGACUUGGUAGCAGAGGAUGAAGUAUCUGAAGAGCUAAACGUGGACAAGGUUUUAAUAUCUGGGUUUCUGCCCAGGUCUAAAGAACAAAUGAGAAACUGCACAACUCUGCCUCAGGACUUUGUAGACAGAGUAGUUUUGAAAGUAGCAAAUCUAUUAUUAAAUGAAACCAAAGAGAGUUCAUUUGGAAAUGCAAGCACAUGGAAUAGAGGAGUGAGUCUUACCUUAGGAGAAGUUGCAGAACAUUUAGACAAGGAAACGUUAAAAACUCUGAAGAAUGAAUACGGAGGCCUCCAGACCUUGCUGAGAAACAAUCAUCAAGUGUUUGAAGUUUUGAAUGGGAAAGUUCAUAUUCGUGACUGGAGAGAAGCUAAGCUACCUAGGAAAAACAGACCAGCAAAUCAGGUUAAACAAAGACUUCCUUCUAAAACAUUUAAAACUCGCCUGUGCUGGUUUUACAUUCACCAUCCUCACGGCUGUCCACUGACUUCAGAAUCAUGCCAGUAUGCUCAUGGGACGGAAGAACUAAAGCAAACUCUAUUGGCACCAAGAAAAAAUAAAACAAAACAAUAAAAAGUUGCUAAUCCAAUUUACUCAGAUAGAAUGUUGAUUUGGUUUCAUGCAUAUUUUGCAAAAGUUGUACAGAGGCAUCACUUUCAAUUCAUGCAACAAGAUUCUAUCACAUUCAUUUGUGGGAGAAGAAAGGUUGUGAAAUCCCAUUUCUGGAACUUCUGUACUUUAUGCUCAUAAUCAUAUAGACAUUAAAUUAUUAUUUUUAAAUGUAAACUUUGUAGUCCUCCAAAUUUUCACUGCAUCACUUUCCCCUUUUGUUUGGCUAGACCUGCAAACAUGUUUCUCUCAGAACUCUAUGUCUCCAAAAUUACCUUUUGAUAGGACAAGUCCCACCAUACAACUUUUCAGUGAACUAUAUCUUGCCAGUCUGAUUGUUUCUUUGGUAUCUUUUCCUGUUUUUGCACUGUUAUGAUUGCUGUGUCCCUUCUCAACAGUGUACAAAAUUUUCUACUGGGAUUACCUGCUGAUGCACAAUAUUAUAGAGGAAAACAGUUAUAUAGGGAAAUGGCAAUUAGCACUCUUCACUACCACAAAAUGAGAAGACAGGAAAGCUUGGAGAAGAUCAUGAUGCUGGGGAAAAUGGAAGGGAAAAGAGGGGGUGACCAAGGGCAAGAUGGAUGGAUGGUACUGGCUUGACCUUGAAGGAGCUGGGGAUGGCGACGGCUGACAGGAAGCUCUGGCGUGGACUGGUCCAUGAAGUCAUGAAAAGUCGGAAGGGACUGAACGAGUAAACAACAACAAACUUCACUACUGAACUCAAAGUUCCUACUAUGUCUCUUGAACAGAAGCAUGGAGCUGUAUGGACAAACCCAAUUGAACAAAAUAAAUGGGUGUGUUCUUAGAGGAAA